AUGUCCGCUCGGAUUUCUAACGCGCGUUUGAGCUCGCGGUACUCGUGCCUGCAGUGCCGCGAAGCAAAACGGAAAUGCGACCGCGUCACACCAGAGUGCACGCUCUGCGCACACCCAUCACAGGCCAGCACGCAGAGCCGGGACGCCCUUGAGCCGGGCGCGGCACAGAUACAGCAACUACGUCUCGUCACCGAACAUUUUCUGGACCCCGACGUAUUUCGUCAUGCUCAAUUACAGCUUCCUGCCCUUCAGAUUGACUCGCUGCUGACGGACGACAUCACCGCCACCGUAGGCGGCAUCGCCGACAUUCGGACGAUAGCGCAGAAGCACUUCGCCACUGUGCACGUUUGGAUGCCAAUAGUGUCCAAGGUUCUUUUUUACAAGCUGCUGCUCAAGAGGCUGACCUACAACCGAGCUGAAUUGCAUCUGCUACUGCUGGCCAUGAAGCUCAGCGGCGACGUGGUGACCAAGACGCCACAAACGCAACUCUACGAGGUAACCAAGCAAUUUCAACACUCGGCCCAGAAUUCGGGCAUCUUUUCUCUGCUGGUUCUACAAGCCGGUAUCUUCAUCGCUUGCUACGAACUGGGACAUGGCAUUUACCCUGCUGCGUUUAUGUCCAUUUCGUCGUGCGCACGGUAUGCUGCAGCCCUCGGCGUCGACAGUUCUGUCAGUGGGCAUGUCGAAGCCAAAAUAGAGACUCUCGACUUGGAAGAGUGUCGUCGUGCUUGGUGGACUAUUCUUGCCAUGGAUAGAUUCAUGAGCUUGGCCAAUCCGAAACGCCGGCUCGUGACGCCGGACCCCGACACAUCCAACUACCUUCCCAUUGAUGACCAGAACUGGGACAAUGGGACUGCUGGACCAGAGGACGCAUGCACCCUGGGCUCUGCCAAUACCUUGGAAAUGGGACGCUUUGCGCGACUUGCGCAGGCUGCUCAUUUACUGAGCUUGGUGAUUCAAGAUGUAGCAGUCGGUGCGGACGACUCGACACAGCUUCGCCGCACGAUAUUUGCCUUGGUUCACGUGUCUCGCCUCGAAGCCCGCGCGCGCCGACUUGAACUCUGCUCCCAAAUGUCGACUUGCUUUAGUGCCAUUCUUCUUCUGGAUCACCCUACGUCAUUUCACGAUGCGACUUCGGAGCAGCACUCUUCGCACCCGGACGCCACGCUCUCCCCAGAGAGCGCAUCGGUCCUAAAAUCAACGAUAGAAAUGGCCGAGAGAAUUCUUGGAGCACACGAGGCUGUCAAAAAUAUCAUAGCCCCAUUCGUUCUGCACGUCAACUACAAAGCCGCGUCCGUAUACUUACAGCGGGCUGUUGAGGAGCCGAGCGGCGUGGAGGCUGGCUACGUGGCAACUCUCAAAAAGUCUUUAAAAUUAUUCUCUCAACGAUGGCUUGUGGCUGAUGAGGUCCACACAGCUGGACCUUGCGAAAUAAGGGUGCUGAACUCGCCCUUUGAGCCUGCUCAGUCACCCCCUUACGUUGAAGCUAGCCACAGAUUAGCUGAAACUCCAACUCCCAACGAACUUCGAAGAUUGCUCAAAUACAUAAACCGAGACAGAUUGGACGUCUGGACUCGUCUCCCCUUGACCACUCCCGGGGCAAUUCAAAGUGCCCGAGGCGUGGACUUGCCCGGUACGACAACCAAGGAUGUACCUCUUUCCAGCCAGUACAUGUCCAGCUCGCACUCAAGUAUAUGA